AUGGCGACCAUCACCAUGUCCGCCGCCGCGAUGGCGCCGCGCACCGCGCGCGUCUCCGCGGCGAAGCCCGCGGCGAAACAAUUCGCGACGGGCGGCCGCGCGGUCGCCGCGAAGUCGGGCGUUCGCUUCCACGCGCGCCGCUCCGCGUCGCUGAUCGUCCGCGCCGAGGGCGAGGACGCCGCGGGCGGCGCCGGCGACGCGCCGUCCAUGAGCUCCGACGAGGGUGAUCGUCCCCGCGCUCGCGGUCGCGGCAGAGGCCGCGGACGCGGCAGAGGCCGCGGCCGCGACGACGGCGACGGCCUCCAAGAGUCCGUCGUGGAAGUCAACCGCGUGACGAAGGUGACCAAGGGCGGGAACAACAUGUCGUUUCGCGCCACCGUCGUCGUCGGCGACGGAAAGGGCAAAGUAGGCGUCGGGUGCGCGAAGGCGAUCGAGGUGCAGACGGCGGUCACGAAAGCCGCCGCGGACGCGCGCAAGUGCAUGGUGUCCGUCCCCAUCUCGAAGGGGGAUUCGUUCCCGCACAGAGUCACCGUCAAGGGCAGCGGCGGCGCGGUUGUGAUGCUGCGCCCAGCGGGGCCGGGCACGGGCGUCAUCGCCGGCGGGUCGUGCCGCACGGUGUUGGAGCUCGCGGGGUACAAAAACGUGUUCGCGAAGCAGCUCGGGUCGCCGAACGCGCUGAACAACGCGCGCGCGGUCGUGAAGGGGUUGCAGGAGAUGCGGACGUACAAGCAGGUGGCGGCGGAGCGCGACAUGACCGUGGAGGAGCUCUUCGCCGCGUGAGGAGGCGCGACGGAGGAUUCGCGAACGACGACGUCGAGCGACGCCCGUCGGAACGGAUGAACCCGCUCGCUGCCAACGAUUGAUUGUUUACGUGUUACGUGCUGUGCUACACUAUUAUAGUGACCGACGAGGCUGUUCGGGUCGUGUAAUAUAACGAGCAGUCGUGCGCUACGC